CUUCCUCCAUGAAUAAACAAAAACCAACUACAAACACCAACCUACAAGCAACCAACCCACCCCUCUAUCUAUCUAACUAUACCCCCCUCCACAAAAUGAACAUCUCCCCCCACCCAAACCCCUCCUACACCCUCGCAUACAUAACCGCCCUCCCCCACGAACUCACCACCGCAAUCACCCUCCUCGACGUCCUCCACGGCAUUCCCCAGUCCCAGCCCGCCGAGGACAAUAACGCGUAUAUCCUGGGCCGUAUCGGGAACCAUAAUGUGGUGAUGACGUGUCUUCCGGCGGGGAGGAUGGGGAUUGGGGCGGCGGCGACGGUGGGGGAGGGGUUGAGGAGGACGUUUGCGGGGGUGAGGUGGGGGGUUUUGGUGGGGGUUGGUGGGGGGGUUUCUUGUUUUCAUAGUGGGGAAGGGGGUAGGAAGGGAGGGAAAGAGGUGAGGUUGGGGGAUGUGGUGGUGGGAGUUCCGGGGGGUGGGUGGGGGGGUGUUGUGCAGUAUGAUUUGGGUAAUGGCGAGGGACAACUGAAUGCGCCGCCGGAGAAGUUGCUGGGAUAUGUUACGAUGGUGAAUUGUUUGAUGAGGAAUCCCAAGGUGGAGAGGAAUUGUUUGGAGGAGAUAUUGGGGGAGUUGGGGGAGGAGUAUGCUUACCCUGGGCAUGUGGAGGAUCGGUUGUUUUGUUCGGGGGAGAAGAGGGAGAGUACGUUGCCGGUGGUGCAUGUGGGGACGAUUGCGUCGGGGAAUACGGUCAUUGGGGAUGGGGUGACGAGGGAUCGGAUCUGCAGUCGGUAUAAGGGUUCGAUUCUGUGCUUUGAAAUGGAGGCGGCGGGGUUGGUUAAUACACUGCCUUGUUUGGUGAUCAGGGGGAUCAGUGACUAUGCCGAUGUGCAUAAGAAUGAUGAGUGGAGACUGCGUGCUGUUGCUGCUGCGGCGAGCUAUGCGAAGGCCUUGAUUCUGCAUAUCCCGCCGGAGGAAGUGCCGCACCAAGAGGUUGGACAAGUGACAGAGCUGGUCAAAGAAAUCAAAGAACUACGUGGUGAAUUAACCCAUAUCAAGGCAACUCUCGAGAAUGGGUUGUCGAGCAUCAGUUACAGUCUUUGGAAUCUGCAAGGGUCAAAAUACAAGGUAUGGAAGGAGUUCUUCCAAUGGCUGUUGCCAUACGGCUUUGGCAAGCAACAGAGGCGUCUCAAAGAGAACUAAGCUGUCCCUGGUAUAUGGUUAAUGCAAUAAAUAGUCAGGCGUGUUCGUCAUCUUUUCGGCUCCUGGGAAGAAUAGAUAUUCAGUGGUUUUGGUGUAUCUCAAAGAAUGAGAGGAGCGAGCGUGUGGAUGCAAAUCUAAGUAUUUGGAUAGCCUUCCUCGUCCAAGCUCGUUCUUGGUGAAAGCCGUGGCUAGUCUCAUUGAGUCCAGCGGAGGAAGUAAAUUGGUGUUCUACAACCCUAAUACUAUAGUUGAACCACUUUUU